CCCCCACCCCCGUUUUGGGCUUCUUUUUUGCGAGCGACGCCGCUUCAUACUGAAGAGGGGGAAGGCCUACGGAUUAUCCUGGUGUAGAGAGAAGACGCGCCGCGGCUCUUCAGAACAGAAUGGCAGAGGUGGCUUUGAUAGAAAGGUUGGAAAAUGCUGUAAUUAGGCUUGAAUCAUUGUUAUCAGAAUCACAUAGAGCUGCUGGAACUAUCAAUGGAAUCAAUGAAGAACUAGCACCAUAUGUUGAAGCUUUCGACAGACUCAUGAAUGAGACUGUAGCUGAGUUUAUAAAGAAUAGCAAGAUCCUUGAUGGUGAUAUAAAGAUUCAUGCAGAAAUGGUUCAUGCAGCUUUCCAAGCUCAGAGGGCAUUUCUUUGGUUGACCUCACGUUAUCAAGAGCCCCACCAGAGUGAAGUUGCCAUUCUUCUAAAACCAAUAUCGGGAAAAAUUCAGGAAAUUCAGAUGUUCAGAGAGAGAAAUCGUGGAAGCAAUAUGUUUAACCAUCUGUCUGCUAUCAGUGAAAGUAUUCCAGCUCUUGGAUGGAUAACAAUAUCUGCUAAGCCAGGACCUUAUGUAAAGGAGAUGAAUGAUGCUGCUACGUUUUAUACUAAUAGGGUGUUAAAAAACUACAAGCAUAGUGAUUUGCGUCACGUUGAUUGGGUGAAAUCAUUCCUGAAUAUUUGGACAGAGCUUCAAGCAUAUAUAAAAGAAUACCAUACUACCGGGCUCAUCUGGAGUAAAACUGGUCCAGUAGCCUCAGCAGCAUCAGGUUUGCCAGCUCUAGUAAACAAACAAGGCCUCCCUCCCCCGCCGCCACCUCCACCGCCACCUCCGCCACCGGGACCUCUGCCUCCCAUCGAUACAGAAUGUGCAAAAGAUGACGCAACUGCUGCUCGUUCGGACUUAUUUGCUCAGUUGAACCAGGGAGAAACAAUUACCAAAGGGCUUCGACAUGUCUCUGAUGACCAGAAGACCCAUAAAAAUCCCGGUCUGCGUGCUCAAGGAGUACCGAUUCAAUCUCCUACCAAAACCUAUACUUCUGAGUCUCCCAAAACACCUCCUCAAAAGAGUUACUCUCCUGUGUUAGAACUUGAAGGCAAGAAAUGGAGAGUGGAGUACCAGGUGGACAAGAAUGACCUCUUAAUUUCAGAUGCUGAACUCAAGCAAGUAGCUUACAUCUUCAAAUGCAGUAAAUCUACGUUACAGAUAAAAGGAAAAGUUAAUUCCAUUACAAUUGACAACUGUAAAAAGUUUGGCCUUGUAUUUGACAAUGUUGUUGGUAUUGUUGAAGUAAUAAAUUCCAAGGACAUUCAGAUACAGGUACUUGGGAAAGUGCCAACCAUUUCAGUGAACAAAACUGAAGGCUGUCAUAUAUACCUCAGUGAGGAAUCAUUAGAUUGUGAGAUUGUGAGUGCUAAGUCAUCUGAAACAAACAUCCUGAUACCACUGGAUGGCGAUUAUAAAGAAUUCCCUGUUCCUGAACAGUUUAAGACAUCAUGGGAUGGAUCCAAAUUGGUUACUGACCCUACAGAAAUUGUGGGUUAGUUUCCACAGGCCACACAGAAACUGCUGACCACGCUUUCCAAGGAAAGUCUGCCAGAAGAAAGUAACAGCACGAAGAACAAAAAAGUAGCACUAGUUUGCACCAUGGGUGUCUCCAACGGGGGGGG